UAAGCGUGCAUGCAGCAUGAAGGUUGUUAGGUUGCAUGGCAUUUGGUAGGUAGCUAGGUCAACGGUGUGUUCUUCGUCGCUCGCCAUGGAAGUUCUUUUUUAUUUUUCUUUUAAGCUCUUGAUCGAACUCCUGCAUGCACGAGCCACCAGCGUGUGUGUUCAACUGUGUUCAUCAUCCAAAUGCAUUCCAGGCGAGGCAACAUGCAUGCAGAUUAUUGCAGUGUUUGGCCAGCCUGACAUCCCCAUGAAUCCUAACAUGCCAUGUCCCCUAUCUCAAACAUUCCCCACGAACAUGCCUCGCAUGUUCCUGCAAAUUCUAUCAUCUUCUCGAUGAUCAACCUGUUCUCGAUUGGUUAUUAUAAAUACAAUUCCGCUCGAAAUCGAAUAGCAACAGCAAGAACAAGAACAAGAACAAGAAGAUCAGGAAGAAUCAAUUGAAGAAUUAAUAUUCCAUGGCAAUGCCGUGUUCCGGUGAGCGGUGCCGCCGCGUGUGGUGGUCGGCGGCGGCGGCGGUGGUGGCGUUCUUCUUCGUCGUCUUUGUGGCGGCGGCGGCGGCGGCGGCUACGGCGUCGAUGUACGACGACGUGGAGGUGGUGUGGGGCGGCGACCACAGCUUCUUCUUCAUGGACGGCGACGGCGACGCCCUCGCGCUCUGCCUCGACGAGACCCACGGCUCGGGCUUCCGCUCCAGGGACGCCUACCUCUACGCCCGCUUCGACGUCGACAUGAUGCUCGUCGCCAACAACUCCGCCGGCACCGUCACCACCCUCUACUUGAUGCCGGACGACGUGCCGUGGGAGUACCACGACGAGGUGGACCUGGAGUUCCUCGGGAACGUCACCGGCGAGCCCUACACCCUGCACACCAACAUCUUCGCCAAUGGCGUCGGCGGCCGCGAGCAGCAGUUCCGCCUCUGGUUCGACCCCACCGCCGACUUCCACACCUACUCCAUCGUCUGGAACCCCAAGCACAUCAUAAUUCUGGUGGACGGCGUGCCGAUCAGGGACUACCGGAACACGGCGGCGCGCGGCGGGCCGGCGUUCCCGACGUGGCAGAAGAUGCGGGCCCACGGCAGCCUGUGGAACGCCGACGACUGGGCGACGCAGGGCGGGAGGGUGAAGACGGACUGGUCGGAGGCACCCUUCUUCGCCUACUACCGGGGGCUCCGGGUGACGCCGUGCGCGCCGUCCCCCGGCGUGGCGUGGUGCGGCGAUGAGCCGCCGGAGUCGCCGUGGUUCGAUCAGCAGGAGAUGGACGCGGCGGCGCUGAGCAAGGCGAGGCAGGAGCACCUGCUCUACGACUACUGCGAGGACACCAAACGGUUCAAGGACACGGGCCUCCCCGUCGAGUGCACCAUCAACUAGCUAGUUAUAGCUAGAGAGCGUGUUUAGUUUAGUCCAAAAUUUCUUAAUUAAUUCGUGUGUAAUUUCUCUCGGUUUGUAU